GUAAGCUAUUGGGUGAAUAUUACAUAUUUGAGAGUGGGGAAAGACACUGUAUCUCAUUUAGGGCAAUCCAUUACGAUUUAAAAGCCAGGCUUUAAUUUUUUUAUUUUUUCAAUUAAAAAAGUUUUCUUUGACAAAAGACCUAAUGACUUCUAAAGCAACACAAGAAUACCGACUUGCAUUUAUUCAACUUAUUUCACAAUUGUCUGAAAUUGAACAAAAGGGACAAGAGUUCUUUGACAAAAUUGAGAAAUCAGUAUUUACCCCUUAUGAACCUUCAACAGCUCAAGCCGAUUACGAGCAGUUGAUGUCCUUGUUACAGACUUUAGAAACCCAUGCAAGAAGUUGUGGAUUAUUAAGUAUUUCUGGACAAACCAACAUUGAAACCACUCGCAAUUUAGCAACACGUAACGCCGAAACUUUACAAUCUGUCGAUUCCUUCUUUCAGGAAAAGAACCGAUUGUUAAUGAAUAUUAGAGCUGCUGCCAAUGCAGUGUCUUUAAACUCACUCAGGCUUGGAUCACGAGUAAAAAGGGAUUGGUUACUCGGACGUUUCCUUCGUAACAUGAUAAUGGGCCAUGGAGAUCAUAUCCUCUGCAAUCCAAUUAUCUUCACAGUGCGAAAGAUGGAUACCCAGAGUUUGCGCGUUCUUGUUCAAAUAUUUCAUGAGAUCCUGUUUAUAAUUCUCUGGGACCUUAUUCUUGUUCCGUCUGUUGUCGGCGUUAGGGUGAGGGUUAAGUUUGGCAAGUGCAGAUACAAUAUUUUUGUGAAUUGUGAAUUUAAGACUACUGUCAUCUUGAUCAUGAGAAGGUUUGGGGACGUUAUUAUCCAGACUAGCCAAAGUAUGCACCUGCUUUUUGGUUUGAUGUCGGAUAUGACCAAUUUCAAUGGAUUUGCGGAUCUGGUCGAUUUGAAUGGCAUGUCUUUUCAAAGCUUUGCUCAAUUCUGCAUUUUUUAUAGUCGGGUCAAUGCCGUUUAGCAAAACAGAGUUCUUUUCAGCAAGUAUAGGCCUAAUAGAAUUCAUGUUCGCAAGAACUAGCUUUUCAAAUCGUUUCAGGCUCUUGAUAAACAUUUUUUUUUGGUGAAAAGAGAAAAAAAAAGUAACAAGAGCAACAAUUUGCUCUCUUUUGUAUUUAUAUAUAUAUAUCUAAGUAUCAACAAGUGGAUACCUGCUUAUUGACAACUAUAGUCUACAUGUGAUGUAUUGCAUAUAUUAUAAAGACAUCAACAAGGAAUAAGCAAGAUUGUGUGUGUGUGUGUGGUACACAAAAGAGUUGUCAAUACAUAUGGCAUUAUGUUGAUAAUUUUGCUUUAAAUAAAAGGAAAUUAUUUCGCCUAUCAA